AUGUCGGCGGCAACAUUGUCCUCACUGUUGCCCACGCCACGCUAUUCGUCAGUGGCGGAGGAUGAUGCUGAACAAUCAAACAAGGGUCAAUCUCAGAACGAAGAGGUGGCGGCCGGUCCAUCAAAUUCAUCAGCUCUAAGUACAAGGAUACCCACUUAUGGCAAUCGAGCAGGAUGGAGGCCAAAGACAGCAGAAGAUUUCGGCAAUGGAGGAGCGUAUCCUGAAUGUCAUAUUGCACAGUAUCCACGGGAUAUGGGAAGGAAAGGAAAGUCAAACGGACGUAGUGGAGGUUCAUUAACAUUGCAAGUGGAUGGCGAAGGAAAUGUACGAUAUGAUGCAAUCGUUCAUCAAGGCAGAAGUGAAGGGCAGCUAGUUCAGUCACAGCAUAAAGACUUAAUUCCCCUACGUGAACGUGGUGACGAGAAAGAUGCUCGACGUGAUAUGCAAAGACCGUCAGAAGAAGACGUUCGUGCCACAACCGAACGAACAAGAGCAGCAUUAGAAAAGCUCACGCAAGGAAAGAUAAAGAGUGCAUCAUCAAGAGCAGGAGCGGGACAAAAGCCUGGAGAGAGUACAUACCUUCGUUAUACACCUGGACAUCAACAAGGCAACGCGGACGGAUCCAAUCAAAGGAUUAUCAAAAUGACUGAACAAGCAGAAGAUCCAUUGGCACCGCCCAGAUGGAAAUUUAAAAAGAUUCCACAAGGACCUCCAAGUCCUCCUGCUCCCGUUUUGAGAAGUCCUCCGCGCAAAGCGACGGUUCAAGAACAAAAGGAUUGGAUGAUUCCACCUUGCAUUUCGAAUUGGAAGAACAAUAAAGGAUACACCAUUCCGCUCGAUAAACGAUUGGCAGCUGAUGGAAGAGGAUUGCAAGAUAUUCAAAUUAAUGACGGGUUUGCCAAAUUCAGUGAAGCUCUCAAUUCGGCAGACAGGCAUGCACGCGAAGAAGUACGUCAACGUGCUCUGAUGCAACAAAAGCUGUCAGCUAAAGAAAAAGCAGCAAGAGAAGAUCAUUUACGUCAAUUAGCACAACGUGCAAGAGAUGAACGUAGUGGAAUGAGUAGCGUUGCACCUUCGACAGUUGGGGAUGAUGAUUCUAGCAGAUUGGGUGCAGACUUUGAUAGAGGUAGUCGCAGUGGUAGUACAAGUGCUGGACUGGGAGCUGCAAUGGCAGGAUACGGAAGCGACAGCGAUGACAGUGAUUCGGAAGAUGAAGAAGCUGCUCGUGAACGGGAUAGAUUACGUGAAGAACGUAAACGAGAACGCGAACGUGAGAUGCGAAUGUCGAAUAUGGGAACGGAGCAAAGGGCAAGAUUGUUGGCGAGAGAGGAAAAUCGUGACAUAAGUGAAAAAGUUGCUCUUGGUUUGGCAAAACCAACAUCCUCGUCCGACCAAAUCGAUUCGCGAUUAUUCAAUCAAGAACAACUUUCUGGUACAUUUGGAGAUGAUGAAAGCUACAAUGCAUACGAUAAACCACUAUUCUCUGGAGCAGAAGCAGCUGCUGCAAUGUAUCGAAGACCUGCUGGAAAAGGCGGUGCAGAUGAUAUUUAUGCAAAUGCUGAUGCAGUAGAAGAGGAAACGAUGAAGAAUGAUCGUUUCGGAUUGGGUAAAACAAAGGGAUUUCAAGGCUCAGAAUUUCAAGAACAACGAUCAGGACCCGUUCAAUUUGAAAAAGAUACAUCUGAUCCAUUCUCCAUCGAUCAAUUCUUGGAUGAAGCUAAACGUGGUACGAAAAGAAGUGGAAUGGAAGAUCCAAAUGCUAGCAAGAGACGGCGU